UGAGUUAUUUUUAGCUAGUAGAAUUCUAAAAAAUAUUUACUGCUUGAUAAAAAACAAAGUAAAGCAAGAAUAAGAUAAGAAACAAGUGAUCUUUGGCUUUACUCUGACUGUAUUAACAAAGAAAAAAAAAAGAUAGUGAAUAUAAUUAAACCUGAAAUAUAUUGUAGAAUAACUUUAAGUCUCAUGCAAGCACAGUUCCGUAUACUUUUUAGAAGCCAAAUAAUUUAAUUAAGUAUCUAACAAGAUAAGACUAUACUAUGGACGCGCAAUAUUUAUCGUUAAUUUCUCAAGCAGAAACUAAAAUCAGUGAUAAUAAUUCAUUAUUAACAACAACAAAAUUUCGGAAUUCUAAAAUAAAAGAUGUAUUUAUAAGUGCUUGGCCCAAAGGAUUGGAAAAAGAAUUCAACCAGCUACUAACCCGUGAAGCCGUAGAAUUUAUAGUAGACCUAAUUAUCGAGUUUGAAGACGGCAUCAAUAAUCUUUACAGCAGUAGACUUAAACGAAAAUUCCAGCAAACAAGUCUUAAAAAAUCUUUAAAAUUUUUAAAACCGAUUACUGAUGAUUGGAAAGUGGCUCCAGUAAGUGAUCGUUUGAGCAAUCGCCGUUUGGAUUUAGGAGAUGUAAGCCCAAGUAAUUUAGAGCACUUUAGUGCAGCAAUGUGUGCUGAUGUCCAAGGAAUCCAGGUUGAUUUUGACGAUGGACACUGUCCCACAUGGUUCAAUCAAAUUUACGGCCUUCAUAAUGUUUACAAAGCAGUCCACAAUCUCGUUCCAGAACUCCCUGAUGUUUCUCAAGCACCUAUUUUGAUGCUAAGACCUCGAGCUUGGAAUAUGAUGGAGGACAAUUUUAGCAUCAAUGGAAAAUCCAUUCCCGGUUCAUUAUUUGACUUUGCAUUACUAAUUUUUCAUAAUGGUAAAAAACUCCAGCAAUCAAACAGCGGACCUUGUUUUUAUCUUUCUAAAAUUGAGAGUUAUCAAGAGGCUAAACUCUGGAAUGAUAUUUUUUCCUGGAGCGAAAAUAAACUUGAACUUCCUUACGGUUCAAUUAAAGCCUGUGUGCUUAUUGAAAAUAUUUUAGCCAUUUUUGAAAUAGAAAGAAUUUUAUACGAACUUAAAGAUCACUCUCUUGGUCUGAAUUGCGGAAUUUGGGACUAUGCUGCGUCAAUUAUUUCUAAAUUUGCUAAUAAUGGGUCAUUUGUUAUUCCGGAUAGGAAUAAAUUUGUAAAUAUGAAUCAACCUUUUCUGAAAAAAUAUUUACAGCUUGUAAUUAAAACUUGUCAUAAAAGAGGAACUCAUGCGACUGGUGGAAUGAUUGCUAGGUACUUACAAAAAAAUAUCUCUGAAGACUAUCAGAAUUUAUUAAACAAUAUCUUGGAGAGUAAAUUGAUGGAAAUUCAAGAAGGCAUUGAUGGUUUUUUGAUUUAUGAUUUAUCUCUUAUUCCUGCAAUAAAAGAUCUGUGGAAAAAAGGUGAUAAGUUUAAUGAAAAUAAUCAGAUUAAUUAUUGUAGUUUGAAGGAAAUUACUAAAGAAGAUUUGUUAACUCUUCCAAAAGGCGGGGUUACUAUUGAAGGACUGAAACACAAUAUUUGUGUUUCUAUUUUGUUUAUUUACAACUGGCUCAAUGGUAAGGGACACUUUAUUCAUCGAAGUUCAGUUGAAGAUUCGGCUACUGCUGAAAUAUCAAGGUCACAAAUCUGGCAGUGGAUAAGACACUCAACGAGAUUAGAGAGUUUUGAUAAUGUAGUUGUUACCAGAAAAAUGGUUCAUUAUUUUGCUAAAGAAAUUCUUGAGAAUCUUUUAAUUGAAUCUGAAAAAAAUGGUGAUGUAAAGAAGAAACUUAUUUUAGCAACAGAUCUGUUUUUUGGUUUAAUUAAUUCUUAUGAAUUUCCUGAAUUUAUCACGACUUAUUUGUAUAAUGCAUAUCCAUUUAAAAAAAUUCAUUCACGUUUGUAAUUUUUUUUUUAUUUUAAUAUUUUUUUGUAGAAAUAUCAA